ACGUCUUAAAACAAUGGCAAAACGUUGGUCAAAAUCCUCUCAAUCUCUCUCUUGCCGAGCUGUAGACUAGAUCCGGCUCUCCCAGAGAGAGCGAGAGGUCGUGGCUCGCUUUGUGCUCUAAUGGCGAGGACGGGUCCGUUCCUCUCGCUCGCGUUACCUCCUCCUCUUCUUCUUCUUCUUGUUCUGGUAUUCUCUGUCUGGUGCGUUGCUGAGGCGUCGGUCCACGACUACGGAGGGGAGAGUUUCACAAGCCAGGGCAAUGCCUUCAUCCUUCACGGUGGCAGCGAAGGCCUCUACGCCUCCCUCCCCUCCGCCAACUCUUCCGCCUCCUACGGCGCCUCCUUCAUCCGAUUCGAAAAGAUCACUUUCAGAAUACCAAAGAAAGCUGCUGCAACAGGGAAACAUGAAAGCCCUUGGACAGUCAAAGCCAUUAUUUUUGAGGUAAAAGAUCGAGGGGCAAUUGGUGGCUCAGCCUAUGGUGGUCAAAGAGCCAUUUGCUGCACACCUGAUCUAGCAAAAAUAGGCGCUUGCACGGAAGGCACAGUCAUCUAUCGCCUCUCCUCCCACAGCCCUGAUUGGCCGCAAGUAUUUACUGCUUCCUUUAAGGCUGGCGAUCUUGAGGCAACACUACCAUCCCAAACCAUACAGAUCACAAAAACUGGGAUGUAUAACCUCUAUUUCAUUUACUGUGAUCCAGCGCUUAAUGGACUGGUCAUAGAGGGGAAGACCAUAUGGAAGAACCCUACUGGUUAUCUACCAGGAAGGAUGGCUCCUCUCAUGAAAUUCUAUGGAUUCAUGUCUCUUGCUGUUGUGGUUCUUGGCGUGUACUGGUUCUCACAAUAUGCAAAGUUUUGGAGAGAGGUUAUGCCACUUCAGAACUGCAUAACACUAGUCAUUGCUUUGGGAAUGUUUGAAAUGGCAUUAUGGUAUUUUGAAUAUGCUGAAUUUAAUGAAACUGGAGUCCGGCCAAAGGGAAUUACUUUCUGGGCUGUAACAUUCAGUACUGUUAAACGAACAGUCUCGCGUGUGUUGAUCCUUGUUGUUUCCAUGGGAUUUGGUGUUGUGAGGCCUACUCUGGGUGGACUCACUUCUAAGGUUACUCUGCUUGGAGGCACAUUUUUUCUUGCAUCAGAGGUUCUUGAAUUGGUGGAAAAUGUUGGUGCUGUAAGCGAUCUUAGUGGAAAGGCAAGAUUGUUCUUGGUUCUCCCAGUGGCAAUUUUGGAUGCAUUCUUCGUAAUUUGGAUAUUCACUUCUCUCUCCAAAACUCUUAGCAAACUGCGGAUAAAACGGAUGACAGCCAAGCUAGAUAUCUACAGGAAAUUUACAAAUGCGUUGACUGUUGCUGUUGUCAUAUCUGUUGGUUGGAUUGGUUAUGAGAUAUACUUCAAGUCAACUGAUGUGUACAAUGAGCAGUGGCAGAACGCCUGGAUUAUUCCUGCCUUGUGGCAGUUCCUCUCCUUCUCUCUUCUCUGUGUCAUAUGUGCUCUUUGGGCACCCUCUCAGAACUCAAUGAGAUAUGCCUACUCGGAUGAUGGAAGUGAGGAGUUUGACCGAGAGGAUGUCCUUUCACUAAUGAAGCCAGGACCAUUUACUUCCAAAGAAAGCUGGAGCUUUUCUGUGUCACCUGAUGCCAAAAUGCCUCCGGGAGUUAAUACUGCCAUUUCGCACAAUGGAGAUACUGAAGAAGACAAAAGGGAGUAGUAAAGACUCAGGCUGUUCUGACUUGCAUUAUCUGCAGCCUAAACUGGUUCUAGUUAUCCAUCAGCAAGUGUCAAAAUUGAUGGCAUGUUUUAUUGGAUCUUUCGCAGGGAAAAUACACAAGUCUGCUGAUUUUAGCUAUUGAAGGAAUUACCACAUGAUGACAUAAGCAUCAGUUGUAGCUUUGUUUCAAAUCUCUUAUUUAUUUUAUCCUUUUCUUCUCCCUUGGAUUGUACUACGAUCUCAUAAGUGAUCAUUAUGAAGUCAUGCGACUCAUUUCAGGGAAUCAGUUUAUACCACAGCAACAGAGAGACUUAAUGUGUUCUGCUUCUUAUGGUACUUGACAUUGCGCUCA